GCGCGUGGACGUCGCACGUGACUUUAGUCGAGGCAGACAGGUUCCCGAAAGCCAAGUUAAUCCCCGUGUCAAAAAUUGUAGGUUUUCGUAUAUUUUUCUCCCCCUCGUGAACUACGUCCCAAUUAAAAGUACUUGUAUGCCUCGUCAAACCAUAGGCCAGGGUGUAGCGUUAACAUGAUCAAAUUAUUUUCGUUGAAACAAGCGAAAAAAGAUGGCGAAUCUCCCAAGGCUGGAACCCAGAAAAAGGCCUCUGCAGCACAGCUGAGAAUUACGAAAGACAUCAAUGAGCUGAACCUUCCGAAGACAUGUGGCACAGAGUUUCCAGAUCCUGAUGAUCUGCUGAGUUUUAAGUUAAUUAUCUGCCCUGAUGAAGGGUUUUAUAGGGGUGGAAGGUUCGUAUUUAGUUUUAAAGUCGGCCCAAACUAUCCACACGAACCGCCGAAAGUGAAAUGCGAAACCCAGGUGUAUCACCCAAAUAUCGACUUGGAGGGCAACGUCUGUCUUAAUAUCUUAAGGGAAGAUUGGAAGCCAGUUCUCACAAUUAACUCCAUCGUCUAUGGACUACAGUAUCUGUUUCUGGAACCGAAUCCAGAGGACCCCUUAAACAAGGAAGCGGCAGGUGUCUUGCAGAACAACAGAAGAGCAUUCGAACAGAACGUAGCAAAAGCAAUGAGGGGAGGUUACGUCGGUUCGUGUUACUUCGACCGAUGUCUCAAGUGAUAUACUGCCGACCCACCGAUGUGGAGAUUCACACUCAGAGGAGACAUCCUGAAAGACUGGACGGCCGAAGGUCGACGUGGCGUCCUUGCCGACGCCUGCGUGUCGGCUUUAUACAUAUUAACGUUCAUUACGUCUUGCCAGGCCUCCAAACAUUUAAUCCACCAAGUAUUUUAUGCUUUGGGCUAAUAAACCUACUGAAAUGUUCGCGCAUAGUUCACUGACCGCGGGGGAAGGAACGAGGAGUUUCGCUGCUGGCCGUGGCCUUAAUAUUACUAAUCGGUAGCGACGAGACAACUCGGUCUCUAGAUCACUCGAGACUUCGAUUGCUAUCGUCGAGCAGCGAUUUGCGAUCGCACGGAUUAAUCGCGCAAGUUUUUAUUACUCGAGCUUCGGAGGUACUAUUACUCUCUCGUGACCGAACGCCAUUAUACGGCGGCUGGCGCGGUCGAGGAUGUAAUUAGAGACACCCGGGACAUCGUUUUACUCGCCGAUCGUUGUACGACGUUCUCUCCCGAACAAAGCGCACGCGAAGACCUCGAUCCGACACCUUGCGUUCAGUAAGACCCGAUAGGUCCUCCAAGGACCGAGAUUUCUGUUCUGGCCUGGCGUAAAUGAGACUAGUAAUAAGGGAAAUUUAAUUUAACUACGGUUACGAGCGUCCCUUGGUUUCACUUUCUCGCGAACACUUCCUUUCAGAUAGUACGUCAAAUCUAGCGAUGCGACGAGUCGAAUACUUUACCAACUCGAAUUACUCGAAUUCGCAAACAUUGCCAACUCGAGUUUGGACUCGAUUCCGCAUACAUUCGUCGCGAUGAGUCGAGUCAAUGACGAGUUGGCGAGUAAAACGAUUCGAGACGAAGCGAUAUAACGAAUCUAGUAUUUUAUCGACUCGAAUUAUUCGGAUAUUGCCAACAGAAGUCGAGGACGCGAUUCCGCAUACAUUCAACGCGGCGAGUAGAGUCUAUGGCGAGUUGUAGAGUAAAAUGACUUGAGUCGAAGCGAUGUAACGAGUCGAGUACCUCAUCGACUCGAGUCGAAUACCUUAUCGACUCGAGUUAUUCAAACAUGGGUAACUCGAGUUGACUCGAUUCCACAUACAUUCGUCGCGAUGAGUAGUCUAUGGCGAGUUGUAGAGUAAAGUGACUCGAGUCGAAGCGAUGUAACGAGUCGAGUACCUCAUCGACUCGAGUUACUCAAACAUGGGUAACUCGAGGACUCGAUUCCACAUACAUUCGUCGCGAUGAGUAGUCUGUGGCGAGUUGUAGAGUAAAACGACUCGAGUCGAAGCGAUAUAACGAGUCGAGUACCUCAUCGACUCGAGUCGAAGCGAUGUAACGUGUCGAGUACCUCAUCUACUCGAGUUACUCAAACAUGGCCAACUCGAAUUGACUCGAUUCCGCGUACAUUCGUCGCAAUGAGUCGAGUACAAUGACGAGUUGGCGAGUAAAACGACUCGAGUCGUAGCGAUAUAACAAAUGUAGUAUUUUAUCGACUCGAGUUAUUCGGAUGUUGCCAACAGAAGUCGAGGACGCGAUUCCGCAUACAUCCAACGCGACGAUUAGAGUCAGUGGGGAGUUGGCGAGUUAAACUAGUCGAAUAACAACUACUAGAAUAAACAAAUAAGACGCGAUUGGUAUCUCGGUCUCCCUCUAACCCUCCUAACUCGCAUUCGUUUGCACCAAUAACUCGAGUUACAAUAAAAGUGAACUCGAGUCGACCCGAGUUUAACGAGUUAAAAUACUCGACUCGUCGCAUCACUAGUCGAAUCGUUACUUGAUAUAUGCACUUGGCGCGAGGUGUCUGCCCGAACCUCCGGGCAGUAGGGUAAGGCCCUUUGUAAACGUCCCGGCAAAACCGGCGCCGCGUCAAUUUUUUAUGCCAAAAACAAUGUAACCUUCAUUUAUUUACAUUUUUACCAUCGAAAAACGAACCGGCGCCGGUUUUGCCGGUCGUGGGCAAACGGCGUUACGGUCGCUACUUAGCACGAAUAUCUCGGGAGAUGUGUUACUGCGGUGUAAUUAUCGAGAGGCGUUUGUCCCAUUAGAAAAGAACCGAUUAAGAGUAUGUAAAUCGUCGAGAGAGAGAGAGGUGUGACUAAAUUACGUGUUUCUUAUCAUUCAGUUGGGCGCGCGCUCGAGUUUCCGGAGUCGAGAGCCUCGACGCAGUUUAUUUCCGUUUAGGCGAAGACCAAGAACGCGGUCUUUGAAUUAGUUCAGCAACACACAAAAGCAUAACGACAACCACAUUCGACUAAACCAAAAUGAACCGUCUCGGUGUCUCGACGAGGAGUCAGUUUUUCGACCAUCGGGUGCGCCAUGUCUUGUCAUAAACAUUGCUCAGGGCGCAACGGAAAGAAAGCACGAGGUUUUAUCGCGACGAUUCUUCGAAAUUUGUAAAUUUGCCCUGCCCCGCACUUCUCGAGGUUCCUUUUCCUUUUCUUUUCUUCUUCUUAUUUCCCUAACGCGCGUUACAUCGCAUACUUUUACACCUUUUAGGAACUCAUACGUCCUGUCUCUUUCCUAGGGCAAUGUUUCUCUCAAGACGGAAUUCUCGUACCGAUUAAUCAGCUGCACUUCACUAAUACUUCCUUUCUGUACAUCGGUUUUGCGCAGAGCUUCGAGAUUGUCCGAUUUAGGCUUUAGAUAUA